UGGCCCCCUGGACCUCUGAAAUGAUCAGAAAUGUUACUAAACCCCGGACCCUGCAUUCACUGUAUCUGGUUUCCCCGGACCCUGCAUUCACUGUAUCUGUAUCUGGUCUCCCAGGACCCUGCAUUCACUGUAUCUGGUCUCCCCAGGACACACAUUCACUGUAUCUGGUCUCACAGGACACACAACAGGGUCUCCAGGACCCUGCAUUCACUGUAUCUGGUCUCCCAAAUGCAAUUAUUCAAUUUCAG